AAGUAAUAGUGAAACCAUAAUGUUAGCAGCUUUUGUACAUAUAUUUUUUAGGAGGAAAGAAAUCUCAGGAUUGUUUGCUUUUAGCAUAUGCGGUAACAUUUUUAAAAGAUACAAACUUGUAUCACACUUCAAACAUUUGGCGUUACCAUUUCAACAAAGUUUUAUUAUAUUUUCUCUCAGCCCCCUGAGACUGAGAUGAAACUUGAACUUUGCUAUAUACCUAGAUACGUAUAGCAAAUGAAAACAGACGCUUGUGACACAGAGGAUGAAUGAUCGGAAAUAAGUCUCUGGCUUUAAAUAUGAACAAGGAUGUAUCUUUGCAUACAGGUGUUAAAACUAAUUGGCCUCGUCAUACCUUAUAGUAUCUGCAUUGAUCAAAGCCAUUUCGAUGUGUUCGCACCAGCGGGAGGAGUGCCUUGUAGGAAACAGUACGCUGUUUUGUACAUGACUGCCGAAAGAAUGACUGAUUCUUUUCAUCCCCCACCAACUGGUUAUAAUGACGAUAUUCUACAGGUUGGCAACAACUAUGCUGCAACAUGCAUGAACGAGACGAUCAGAGAUUCUCAUACGGAGCCAACAGUACUGGCUAGAUUUGACCAUCUAGUUUCGAAAUUUCAAGAAACGUAUGGUAAUAAGAAAAAACCCGAUCUUUACUUGUACACAAGAUUAAGUCCUUGUACCGACUGUUCCUCUAAAAUUGCAGAGUUUGGUCAAACCAAUAUGCGUGGUAUUGCAAAUAAUCGUUUGCAGUUGUCUUGGAGUAAAACUUUCAUAGGCCGACCACCUCCUACGCCUCAUCAACAAUAUUUAAUUAGCUUGCAAACCUUGCUUGCAACCGAACGUGUGAAAUUAAAUUUAACACCAGAUCUAACAUUGAUGCAGGGUAAUAUGUGCCAAUGUUUACAAAACAGGGAUGACAUCAGUGAUUUUUUUAGAAGAGACUACGAGUUGAACAUUGCCAACAUUGUAAACAGGUUAGCAUUUCAAUGCGCGAACAAGGAUAAAAGUAACGAGAUUCGAAACUGGGAAUGCUCGACAGGAAGUCUAAAAGACUCUUUAGGCCAGAACUGUAAGCGACUGGAACACUACCUUGAAGAUUGCCUUAGUAGAAGUUGGGAACUCGGUCCGCCUUUGUCUCCGCGACGUCCUAUGCAAGUCAGUAGUAACCUCAGGGACGUAACAGGUUACUACUUUCCUCCGCCUGCGCAAUUCAUCUUUUCUCGUUGUGCUUUGUAAACAUGACAUUGAUAGUUAAUGUUACUCAAAAGCAUUAUGACAAUGACUUAAGAUAUAUCUUGUGACACAAUGCGUUGCUUAGGAAAGGACUCGCAAAAUAAAAUUGAGUCUGCGGCAGAUUUCACGACGUUUUUAGAAGAACUCAAAGUUAUAUCUAUCUAUUUAUGAAUUUCUUUGUUUUUAAUCUUUGCUUCUAAUCCUGAUCAAACUGUAAAAACAACACAUGACUACACUUGUCAAUAUAAGUUACACUUUAAUGUUUAGUUUAUCUUAAUUUCUUUUUAAGUGUGGAGAGUUUGGAAAUUGUAUUUCAUAAUCAACAACGUAUUUCAGAACAAUACUAUUUAAUAUGUAAUUGUUUUCAAUUAUAAUUCCGUUAAUGAAUGCAUUGUUUUGAUGCACUAUUUAACGAAUUAGUAAUCUCCUUAAAAGGCGUCGAACUCACAGGUUUUUCGAAGGAAAUGCAGACUGGCAGAAUAAAAAUAUUAGCGUUCGAGCAGAGUGCACAGGACUCACUGUAACAUCAUGGCAUAAUGACAAAAUUUCGCACAAUAAUUUUUAAAGGUUGCUGCUUGUGCCUCCCAUCACUAUAUGCAAUGACAGUCAUUGUGGUCAAGAAUGCUAUCUUAACUCCUG